AUGGAACGACCCACCGUCGGCCUGAAGGCCUACCUCAGCAAUGUCAUUCUCUGCCCCUUGACCUUCGCGCCAUCUAUGACCUCACGCAGCCACACCGGAGGAGGGCCACAAUCCCAGGUAGUACGCUCACCAAAGGCGCGCAGGUGGGAUUUUGUCGAGGUGUUGGAGAGUCACUUUGGUAUGAGCUGCCAGGUUGAUCGUUACUUCCGAGCCGUGACCGAUGUGCAAGUACUGCAAUGCGAACUACUGUUGCCUGCGACAAGCAUUAAGACAUGCUAUUAUCUGGAGCAUCAUGUUGGCGACCCCUGCCGCUUGGGCGCGGAGGUGCAGGUCGUCCUAGAUACGGCGACGCUCAUCGCUCGGUCUCUUGGUAACCCUGUCACUGGCCUCGAUGGACUGAUGUUCGGGACGUGUCACGCCAAGGGUUUAUUAGUACGGCAUUUCUCCCGUUGGUUCGAUAUACGUGCCAUAUCCUGGAAUGGACCUCAAGGUCCAGAAGCUUAUACCAUGGCCGUUAUAUGCGUGGCUCCCGGUCUGCUAAGUCCAACUGACUUCACGAGCUUCGCAUCUGCACGUGUGAAACGGCACCCUCGGCUGACGAUUCGAUCGCCACAGUUCGACGCGGGCUUAUUUGAUUCCGGCAAGAAGAGAGAAUGGACUACGUAUGAGACCGUAUGGGCUGUGACUCGGGCUGUCUGCGCCGAGCUUUACUGCGAUUAUUUUGCAGUGACCACGUACGAACAAUGGGUAUUCGGCCAGUUCGAGAAAUCUAAUCCUGGCCCGUCCGGUCCUAGCCUAUGGGGGAGCCUGACAGAGCUCCCCUCCUCCUCAUCUGCUAUGUUCCGAUCGCCAUCCGAGUACGCCCUUCGGCCUCCAAACAGCGACACGGGCCCACUCUCAGCCUCCACGGCCUCCCCCUCUCGGGCCCGUGGACGCUCCCCGUCAAAGCGGGGCGUUCAGCAAUCCAAAGAACCCGAAGCAUGCCACGCGUGUAUUUCCCCUGUCUUCAAAGCAACGGACGGAUCCCGGUUGAUGAGAAUGCUCGUCUAUUGGGCCCAACUAUCGCGAGGACAGACCGAAGCGGUGAAUACAAAGGUUCGGCAUCCCAACAUGGUGGGGUGCGGAGCGAUGUGUGCGCUUGGAUUGUUGGCGGACCCCGUUCUCUUGGUCACUUCUGCACCGUCAUAG